AUGUACACGCGCGUACGAUCGGCCAUUGUCCGCCUGCAAGCCAACUUUCGCUGUCACCAGCGCCACCGCCGGUUCCAGCUCGUGCGGCGUCGCUGCAUUCUCUUGCAGUCGCUGUGGCGUGGGCGCCACGCACGGUCCGCGCUCCGUCAGCACCAGCUGUACACGAGUGCCGUCGUCUUGCAGCGCAACUGGCGAACGUACAAGGCGCAGAAAGCGUACCUGCGUCUCCGCGCGGCCGUUCUUGCGAUCCAAGGCCAAAUCAAACAACGCAAGCUGGACGCCAAGCGCAAGCUCGAGGCGGACGAGCUCGCGAAGCAGCAGAGCAUCGAGCACGAAUUGCACGUGCUGCAACUGCGCUUGGACGAAGAAAAGGCCAUGCGUGCGCAAAUGGAAGCGGCCAACUCGACGCUCCAGCAGCAGCUCCAAGACGAGCAACGACCGUCGUCGCUCGCACGUGGCAGCGCCGACGACCUCUCGCUUUUGGACGACUCGGGCCGCAUGCUCUCGACGCUGCAACUGCAAGUGACCAAGUGGCGCGACCUCCACGCGUCGGCGUCCCAUGAGCUCGAGGGGCUUCGCUCGGAAAACAAGCGCAUCAAGGAGGCCUACACGGCUGCGGGCGCGUCGUUUGCAGCGCUCAACCAGCACAACAAGCAGCAAUCGAAAGCGAAUCUGCGACUUAUGAGCACGCACGCGGCGCUCAUCAAGAGCCAAGAAGAAAAGAUGAAGAAGUACAUCAAGCAAGUCCACGACCUCAAGGAAGAGGUCCGGCUCUCGAAAGCAUCGACGCUCCACGACGAGAGCACGCAAGAUCACGUGCUCCACGUGCUUCGGGACGCCCGCGUAUCGCCCGAAGUCCUUGCCAAAGUCCGCGCUUGCUUUGACGGCAGCGCGCCACCCAUGACAACGCACGAGUUGGAGAUGGACGACCGGCACUCGGACGCCUACUCGAUCGGCGAAGGCUCGGCGGCGACAACCAACUGGGCCCACCCGCAGGCCAAGAUGCGCCAGUCGAGCGCAAGCUCCAUGUACUACGACGACGAGAAGCACCGCAAGUCCAAGAUUGGCGGCAUGUUCAAAAAGAUGUUCAAGAAGGACGAGUAGCCGUUGCUUGAUACGGUGAUACAUUGAUAGUGUACCUUGCCGCAUUGGCGAUCGCGUUUGAAACACUU